ACCCCUUGAAGGAGCCACCGGGACCAGAAGAGGGGGGGGGGGAGGAAAGCUAAAGGGGGGGGGGGCGGCGCCGUAACCAAGCCGGGCCCGCGCCGCCCCGCCGGGCCGCGGCGCCGCCGCCUCCCCCCUGCGGGCCGCAGUGGUGCAGCCCGGAGGUUAGCGGAAGCGGCCGCUCAGGCGCUGCCAUGUUGAGCCGCCGCCGCCGCCGCCGCCGCUUUGUUGUCGGCUCCAUGUAGCUGCGGCCCCCGGCGCUGGGUUUUUGCACGGGGGUGUGAGGGCGGUGGGGGCGGGCGGGCGGGCGGGCUGGGGGGGGGGGUGGUGGUGGUGGUGGUGGUAGUGGUAGUGGUGGUGGGGGGGGGGGGCACCGCUCCGCAAGCUCGCCUCAGCGAGCCGCCUCCCAGCCAGCCGCCCGCUGCCUGCCUGCCUCAGGCCGCGACGCCCCCGCGCCAUGGAGGCCAACUGGACCGCGUUCCUCUUUCAGGCACACGAAGCCUCACACCACCAACAGCAGGCAGCACAGAACAGUUUGUUGCCGCUCCUGAGCUCUGCUGUUGAGCCACCCGAUCAGAAGCCGAUUCUGCCCUUACCAAUAACGCAGAAACCUCAGCCUGCAGCAGAAACGUUAAAGGAUGCUAUUGUUGGGAUUAAAAAGGAAAAACCUAAAACCUCCUUUGUGUGCACUUACUGCAGCAAAGCUUUCAGGGACAGCUACCAUCUGAGGCGCCACGAGUCCUGCCACACGGGCGUAAAGUUAGUGUCACGGCCAAAGAAAACUCCCACCACGAUGGUGCCCCUUAUCUCCACCAUCGCUGGUGACAACAGCCGAAGCUCGCUGGUUUCCACCAUCGCGGGCAUCCUGUCCACGGUCACUACGUCUUCCUCCGCCACCAACCCCAGCAGCAGCGCCGGUGCCACGGCCAUGUCAGUGACGCAGACGGUGAAGAAGCCCAGCAAGCCCGUCAAGAAGAACCACGCCUGCGAGAUGUGCGGGAAGGCCUUCAGGGACGUGUACCACCUCAACCGGCACAAGCUGUCCCACUCGGAUGAGAAACCCUUCGAAUGUCCCAUUUGCAAUCAGCGCUUCAAGAGAAAGGAUCGCAUGACCUACCACGUGAGGUCUCACGAAGGUGGCAUCACGAAACCCUACACCUGUGGUGUUUGUGGAAAAGGCUUCUCGAGGCCUGAUCAUCUAAGCUGUCACGUUAAACAUGUUCACUCAACAGAGAGACCCUUCAAAUGCCAAACGUGCACUGCUGCCUUUGCCACCAAAGACAGACUGCGGACACACAUGGUGCGCCAUGAAGGAAAGGUAUCGUGUAAUAUCUGUGGUAAACUUCUGAGUGCAGCAUAUAUCACCAGCCACUUAAAGACACACGGGCAGAGCCAAAGUAUCAACUGUAAUACCUGUAAACAAGGCAUCAAUAAAACAUGCAUGAGUGAAGAGACCAGCAAUCAGAAGCAGCAGCAGCAGCAGCAACAGCAGCAACAGCAACAACAACAGCAGCAACAGCAGCAGCAGCAGCAACAACAGCAACAGCAGCAGCAGCAGCAGCAUGUAACAAGUUGGCCGGGAAAGCAGGUAGAGACCCUGAGAUUAUGGGAAGAGGCCGUCAAAGCAAGGAAGAAAGAAUGUCAGUUCACCUUUGAGAAGGCUAUAGAGUACGUACCAUUCGAAGCUGCUAACUUGUGCCAAACCUCCACUGCUGCUACUACGCCUGUGACUCUUACUACUCCAUUCAAUAUAACGUCCUCUGUGGCUUCUGGGACUAUCACAAACCCAGUCACAGUGGCAGCUGCAAUGAGCAUGAGAAGUCCAGUAAAUGUAUCAAGUGCAGUUAAUAUAUCCAGUCCGAUGAACCUAGGGCAUCCUGUAACUAUAACAAGUCCGUUAUCCAUGACAUCUCCAUUAACGCUCACCACACCAGUCAAUUUACCCACCCCAGUAACCGCUCCAGUGAAUAUAGCGCAUCCAGUCACUAUAACAUCUCCCAUGAACCUCCCCACACCGAUGACGUUAGCUGGUCCGUUAAAUAUAGCGAUGAGACCAGUAGAGAGCAUGCCUUUCCUGCCCCAGGCCUUGCCCACGUCUCCUCCCUGGUAAAAAAAAAAAAAAAUUAUAAACAGUAUUAAAAAGGAUUAAGGUGGAAUCCUUACCAGCAGUUCUUUUUUGGGGUUUGUUUUUUUGUUUUUGUUUUGUUUUGUUUGUUUUGUUUUAUUGUUUUGUUUUUUUUUUUAAUAGUUAAUAAUAAAUUCAAACUAAGACACUGGGGCAACAUGCACCAUCAGAGACCAUAGUAGCAUCUUCCCCCGUUGAUUUGGCUCACAUGGUUCAACCUUGAGUUUCACUGGAGCACUUCAUUUAAAGUAAGUUUUACCUUUUAGCUGACUGAUGAUGAAUUAGAGCAGUCACAUAUUUGCCAGAGUUUUGUUUUGUUUUUCCUUAAGAAAGUCGUUAAAAAACAGUUUUAUGUUUUGUCCCUCAAAUAACUUAGGAAAUUAUUUUAAUCUAAACACUAGCAAAGACCCCUUGGAUGUGGAUGGCUGAUUUUAACUUGCCAGUCGUUAAGUCCACUGUUUCUGGGCUAGUGUAGAAUCUUCGUCUGUGUUGAUGGUUUUUUUUUGGUUUUGUUUUUUGUUUUUGUUUUAUUUUUUGUUUUAUUAAUUUUUUUUUAAAUGAGUAAAUGCAUUACAAUGUUGUCAUUUAAAAAAAAAAUGCAUUUUGGAUUAAAUAUGCAUUUUACCUUUGGGAAUAUGAUAAUUUCAGGCAGCAUUCCCUAUGGGAAAGGUGAUACCAGCUCUGAUAUGCAAAGCAUAUGAUAACUUAUCAUUCUAACUUCAACAUAUAAUAGGGAUUGUGACCUGAUAUUUGGAGAUGUAAAUAUUACCCAACAUAUUACCCUAAGGGAAUAUAGCAUUGUAGUCAACAUUUUUUAAAAAAAAACUGUUAUUGUUUGGUGAGAAACAGCCAUGGCUGACAGAAGAGGAGUCGAAAUGUAUGUAAACAUGGUCUCUGAACAGUCAGACCCCUAUGGGACUCUUACCUAGGAGCAAAAGGAGUGCUUUGAAACUUAAGAAAUAUUGCUUUAAGCUGGAAGAUUCUGGAGGCACUGGGUAUGAUUUUUAUGCCCUCUGCUUCCCAAUCAAAACCUGCUGGUGUUACAGCAGGGGACAGACGUGUUAGUUGUUCACUAGAAGUUUUGUCUUAUAUUAAAUUGUAUACAGUUUUUAUUCUAACCACUAACUAGGUAGGAUGCCCCUUCAGGACAAGCAGAGAGCGUCUUUUAAUUUCUCCCCUAUUUCUUAAUCAAGUGUUGUGCAAAUCUGUUCAACUUUGUAAAUAUUUGCAAACAUCAUCAUUUUUACGUUAUUCUUCUAUUGUGUUAACACAUUUCUAUCAAUUUGUGGGAGUUCUGGGAUGAUGGUUUGAGCUGUCCAGCCCGGAACUUCUCCACAAAUGGUCACACAUGUUUAAGCUACAUGUGCUUUUUAUUUCUUAACCUGUUUAUCUGUACAUAACGUAGAAAGCAAAAUCUAGGGAAACAGAUAUACUUUCUAGACUAUCAUGUCACAUAUUCACGUUUUAAAACUUUGUUUUUAAAAAAAGGAAAACACCCUAAAACCAAGACUCUACAUUAAAAAAAAAAAUAAAUUACAGUUGAGGUGUUUUUAUUUUAAUGAAGCUGAAAGCUAUGGAGAUUAGCGUGUGUGCAUUUUCACAGAGUGCUAGCAGGACUGACUAGUCAAAAUGGACUGCUUCCGUUUCUACCCUGCCGUGUCAGUACAAGCAGAGAUUGCCAGACUUUGGGUCAGGUGACAGGUAUCUGUAUCAUUACGUGAAACUGUUCUAGGGGCUUGGACUACAUAGUAAAACAAAAACAACAAAAAAAUAGAGCUUAGUGUAAAAUAAUUUUAUAAAUGAUCUUUUGUACUUUAGGACAUCAAAUUGUACAACUUUUGUAUAUAUAAAAGCUUAGGAACUUUCUGUUUAGCAGAAAGGAAACACAUUCCUACACUUUUAAUGUAUAUGUUUGUUAUAAUGUCCAUGUAAACAUAUGCCCUAUGUUUGUGCCUUUUAAUUAGUUUGUCUCAAUAAACAAAAAUGUAGAGAAGAAUAUGUAGCUAUGACUUUGUUACCACUGUUCUUACUCCAGAUGUAUAGAGGUCUUCGUUUUUGCACUGUGUAGAGCAUUGCGUGCAGACAGCUGCAUGACUUAGGCUGGUCCGGCCACAACGAGGCAUGCGAGUUGAAUGCACCCCGGCAAAAAAAAUCUUCCUCCCUUAGCGUAGAGCAGCCCGCGCCGCGGGGCGAUGCAUGUUGGGCCGUGUAGUUCCCAGGCCAUCUCCGUCACCCACGCCAGCGAUACCAACUUGCACCAGUUUUACACAGCAGGCAUAGCGGUCUGGGUCUGGGCAAGCCGCAGAUGACCCUUAGGUGAAGUUUGGGUGUCCCUGAGCUUAACAAACAAAAGCGUUAAAAGCCGAUGUGAAAAUGUGUACUAGAAGUGGUUAUCUAUGAAUUACUUACAAUAAACAGGUGUGAGACUUAA